UCAAAAAUUUUCCAUUUCAAACCCUUAAAAUCGCUUUGAAGAAUGUUUGACAGGGACAGAGAUCUCGACAAGACCAUCUUCGUGGGAAACAUCCACAGCUGUGUGACGGAGGAGAUUCUGUUUGAGUUGUUUCUGCAGGCUGGGCCAGUAGACAAGGUGCAUAUAUUCAGAGAUGGACAUCAGGCGCCUUAUGGAUGUGUUUAUUAUAAGCAUGCUGAAGCUGUUCCGUAUGCAGUUGAACUUCUCAAUGGAAUCUGGCUCUAUGGGCAGCCAAUCAAAUUACAAUGUACAAAUGGUGGCCAUUAUCACAGAAAUCACAUGCUUGCAUACCACAUGGAGAAUGGACUGAUAGCAAACAGGUGUGUCCGAUUACAAAAACAGAGGUAUUUCAGGCAACAAGGUCAAACUACAGACUACAAUGCUGAUGCUGUACACCAGGAUAAUAUGGUUUUGAAUUUAAAUGGCAGUCCAGGUGUGGAGAACUGCUCUAAUGAAGCGUGUGGCUGGAGUGACAUGGUAUACAGCAGACCUCCAGUUGUGUGGUACUGUCCACCCCUCCAGCAGUGGAUGAACUCUGGAUACCCUCCUUGGACGUCCUGUCUGGAUGAGAAUCUGUUACUCCAUAGGUCAGCCAGCACCAGAGAAGGUUGUGCAAAUAGACAACUGUACAGUGGACACUGUACAAGCAUCCUGACACCCCUUGCACAAAAAAAUGCAACAUAUAUUCCAGCGAGCGCUUUUGGUUGCACUGAUUCAGACUGUAAGCUGUAAAUCAUUCAUGUGAAUGCUCGGAUAAAGCCAUCUAAAUGCACCUUACUGUUUCUUGAAACAUUAAAGCACAAAUAUGAUGAUCUGAAA